AAAGUAAAUCAGGCAAAAUUGGAUGCGAUUUGGCCUCGACUACGAGUCCUUGCACGAGCCCAACCGUCAGACAAAUACGUGCUCGUCAAGGGCAUAAUCGACAGCAAAGUUUCUAAAAACAGAGAAGUCGUUGCUGUAACGGGGGACGGCACUAACGAUGCUCCUGCCCUCAAAAAAGCUGACGUAGGAUUCGCUAUGGGUAUUGCUGGUACUGAUGUCGCUAAAGAAGCAUCCGACAUUAUCCUCACGGACGACAACUUCACCUCGAUUGUUAAGGCCGUCAUGUGGGGACGAAACGUGUAUGACUCAAUUGCGAAAUUCCUGCAGUUUCAACUAACCGUAAAUGUUGUAGCUGUCACGAUUGCCUUUAUUGGAGCUUGUGCUAUUAGUGAUUCACCUCUUAAGGCGGUACAAAUGCUCUGGGUAAAUCUUAUCAUGGACACACUCGCUUCUCUUGCACUUGCUACCGAAUUGCCUACUGAGGAUCUCUUGGAUAGAAAACCUUAUGGUCGAACAAAAUCGUUGAUCUCACGGACAAUGGUAAAAAAUAUCGCUGGCCAUGCCGUCUACCAACUUGUCAUUCUUUUCGGAAUCAUGUUUUGGGGCGACAAAUUCAUUCCGAACACACCAUCUGGCCGAAAUGCACCAUUAGGAUCUCCUCCUAGCGCUCACUUUACUAUUAUUUUCAAUGCUUUCGUACUUAUGACGCUUGUUAACGAGCUCAAUGCUAGAAAAAUUCAUGGCGAACGGAACAUCUUUAAG